UUCCGGAACCUUUCGGACAGAGGCGGAGUCUCCUCCCGAGGGCCAUUCGGAAGAAGGCGGAGCCUACCUCGCAUCAGGACCAGUCUGACUGCACCUGCAUCCUUAGCUCAGAGCAUCCUUGGAGCAUCUUAAGAGGCGAACGCAGCUGGCAACCAGGGACCGGACCGUCGCAGGAGGCUUCCGCCUGAUACCUACCCUCUCCCCUGACCUACAGCAGCUGCCUCGGUACUGACGCGGGGUUCCCAGAGUUGUCUGACCAUUGCAAAAACAUUUAUAUCAACAGCCUCUGAUUACGACAUGGCUGAGAUCACCAAUAUACGACCUAGCUUUGAUGUGUCACCAGUGGUGGCUGGCCUCAUCGGGGCCUCUGUGCUGGUGGUGUGUGUCUCGGUGACCGUCUUUGUCUGGUCAUGCUGCCACCAGCAGGCUGAGAAGAAGCACAAGACCCCACCGUACAAGUUUAUUCACAUGCUCAAAGGCAUCAGCAUAUACCCAGAGACCCUCAGCAACAAGAAGAAAAUCAUCAAAGUACGGAGAGACAAAGAUGGCCCUGGGAGGGAAUGUGGACGUGGGAACCUGUUGGUGGAUGCAGCAGAGGCUGGCCUGCUGAGUCGAGACAAGGGUCCUGGGGGGCCUAGCUCUGGAUCUUGUAUAGACCAGUUGCCCAUCAAAAUGGACUAUGGGGAAGAACUAAGGAGCCCCAUUACGAGCCUGACCCCUGGGGAGAGCAAAACCACCUCUCCAUCUUCUCCAGAGGAGGACGUCAUGCUAGGAUCCCUCACCUUCUCAGUGGACUAUAACUUCCCAAAAAAAGCCCUAGUGGUGACAAUCCAAGAGGCCCAUGGGCUGCCAGUAAUGGAUGACCAGACCCAAGGAUCUGACCCCUACAUCAAAAUGACCAUCCUUCCUGACAAGCGGCAUCGGGUGAAGACCAGAGUGCUGAGGAAGACCCUGGACCCUGUGUUUGAUGAGACCUUCACCUUCUACGGCAUCCCAUACAGCCAGCUGCAGGACCUGGUGCUGCACUUCCUCGUCCUCAGCUUUGACCGCUUCUCCCGGGAUGAUGUCAUCGGGGAGGUCAUGGUGCCAUUGGCUGGGGUGGACCCCAGCACGGGCAAGGUACAACUGACCAGGGACAUCAUCAAGAGGAAUAUCCAGAAGUGCAUCAGCAGAGGGGAGCUCCAGGUGUCUCUGUCGUAUCAGCCUGUGGCACAGAGAAUGACAGUGGUUGUCCUCAAAGCCAGACACUUGCCGAAGAUGGAUAUCACCGGUCUCUCAGGUAAUCCUUACGUCAAGGUGAACGUCUACUACGGCAGAAAGCGCAUAGCCAAGAAGAAAACCCAUGUGAAGAAGUGCACUUUGAACCCAGUCUUCAAUGAGUCUUUCAUCUAUGACAUCCCCACUGACCUCCUGCCUGAUAUCAGCAUCGAGUUCCUUGUCAUCGACUUCGAUCGCACCACCAAGAAUGAGGUGGUGGGAAGGCUGAUCCUGGGGGCACACAGUGUCACAGCCAGUGGUGCCGAACACUGGAGAGAGGUCUGCGAGAGCCCCCGCAAACCUGUGGCCAAGUGGCACAGUCUGAGCGAGUACUAAUCCUGUUCUUCUCACCUCCAACCCCGGGGCCAGGCUGGGGAGGUAUGUGGCGGGGAGAGAGAUGACAGAGAAGCGGACUCAAAACCUCAUUUUAGUUGUAGAAGAAAAUUUCUUACAAAACAAAUCCCACAAAGAACAUCCCACAUGACCACAGCUGCAGAUCAGUUCUUAGCGAUGAUUUUUUUUUUCUCAUUUGCAAGGCACUAGAAAUUCUUUUUUUUAAUGGGGGGAAAAAAAGAGAGGGAAAGACCCCUACAAGUCUAUAUAUAACAAUGUAACCUUAUACUUGCAUGUCUAAUACAAACUGAAGAAAUUAGCCUAACUACCAAUAUCAAGUUGCAGAUUUUAAUCCAUGAAAAUUGUGUUUUGUGCCGAAUUGUAUUUGCUGAUUACCUGAAAUUGGCCUGUUUUUAUUGGGCUUCUCUGGAGAGUUACUUAUACUCCCCACUUCUGCAGAAGAAAAUUUUGCUCUUGUAAAACCUCAUGUUUUCAUCAUUCCCAUCUUUUCUUCUUCUCACCUCUUACACCUUUGUUCUUUGGCUGAGCUCAAAGUCUAGAGGUCUGUAGUAAGCCAAGAAACAGGUGGGAUGGAUAAGCUGGGUUUGCAGGGAAAAAGAGUAAUUGAGAAAUGGGAUAUUUUUGUUGUCAUCCCUCCUGCUAUGAAGGGGUAAAGGGCAGUUUAUGAUUAACUGGCAGCCCCAGUGAAGCACAUAGAACACAUCAGACUUAGCAGGUAGAACUUGGAUUUAUGAAACUAGAUGACUUCUCUAAAAGGAGCUUUGGAGACUUCAGAUUCAGCUGUAGGAUAGAUAGUACCAAUGAACACAUCCAGCUGAUCACAAGUGCUGUUUUCAUGUAGAAGGACAAGGAGAGGAGACAAGAGAUGACUGCCAUCCCUCUCUGCAGUUAUCUUUGGCAGUGACAACCAUUUAUUGGUUGAGGGGUUGGAGGUCAUCAGAGGUUUGAAGGAUUACAUUGGCCUUUGUUUUUCCAGCAAAUGCUGACUAUGGAGAAGGUUUAGAAUCUUCUCAAGUGGCUUAGAUGUAAUAAUGUUAGAAUGAAAAAGGCCUCAGAAAUUAUUCUUUCUCCUUGAAUUUUUCUAAUGGCUCUUAAAAAAAAUAACAGUGUGACUAACUGAGUAAUAAAGGUAAGUUGGAUUCUUUCAGAACAUCUUUUCCCUCAAAGCAAAGAGCAUAGUUCUUGGAAUCUGUGAGCCUCAUGACGCAGAGGAGGGACGGGGGAACCUCAGAGUGCAAUCCUCCUUCUGCCACUGGGCAAUAGAGGUUGAGAGAGAUUCAGUAUCUAGCUCGGGAUUAGAAUUCAACUCUCCUUACUCAUAGUUUAGUUGUGUCUCCAAUGUUGAGAUUUUUCAGAUGGCAGAGACUUCAUGGACAAUAGGUAAGCUUAGAUAGGCAGUAGAUAUUUUUGCUAGCCUUAAGAGGGACUCCAUCAAAUAAGCAACCAGUUUGAUUUAGGGCCCAAAAGAUUACCUGAAAUUGAAGUGUCCACUUCCUUACAAGGACAUCACUUUCUAACUUGCUUCUGAGAACAGAGUUGAAAAACUGAGUCUCUGUGGAGAGGGUGGUGAUCUUGCGUUUGGUGUUCCCUUAGCUCUUGAGGAUUUAAAACCAGUCUUCCCUCCCCCAUCCUUUUGGUUUGUUUUAACCCAUGUUCUUGACAGUGCAGAGCAGUUCUGGGCAGGCACAGAGCCCACCCUCUAUUCUCGUCCCUGUCAAUCCCACUCCCCCAUAAUCCGACUCACUAUCUCACCAUCAGUUGGGGUCACACCACUAGUCUCUGUUCUAUAUCCCAUGAAAUGUAAAUACUGUAUCAUACGUAGAAAUAAAUAAUUUUUGUUUUCUAAAAAUGCAUUUGGAGCUAGUUUAAUGUAAAUCUGACAGGAGCAUUCUGAAGCCCCGUUAGGAAAAAAUCUAAAUGGUUCCUCCUCAUCGCCUUAAUGUCUAAAGAUCAGAAAUCGCUGAGCAACAUGCUUUUGCUUCCUUCCCAGAAACAAUGCAAAGCAACAGGUGGAGAUAGUCUGGUCUUUGCCCUGCUGUGUGUGCCUCUGUAGCUCCUCCUGACAAAAGUCUGGGAAAACAGCCUCACCCCACUCCCCUCUUCCCCAUCUCCUUGUACCUUUAUUCCUUGCAUCCUUUGGGUCUACUGAGCAGUGGGUGGUGAGGUGACAGGGGAGGAACCAGUAGUUCUGUAGGAGCUGCCUCAGUGUCUUUGCCAGGAAAAGGCAAAGAGCUGGACAGGCCAGGGUUCCUCCCUCCUACCUCAGGCCUGAUCCAUCGUGCCCUUGACUUUGCUGUCCCAAAGUUUCUUAGCUGACUUUGGCUUUCACAUUUGUUCUUUCCAGAGCUAACUGAUAAGAGUGGAGGAGAAAUGCCUCCUCCUAAGAGUCAGCUGAAAGACAAGAGAGUCACAUCCUAGCUUUUGCACAAGGCACUCGUGGUCAGGAAUAGGUUAGGGAAUGGUCACUUCUGAUUUUCCAAGAGUCAGUUCUUCUCUGUGGAUAUCUUGAUUCCUUUGGGAAGACAAGAGUUUUUCUUAAUAACAAAAGCCCCUUUAUGAGUUAUUCCUCUUUCAGUUCAUCUCAGUGGAGCACAGCCAAGAUGUACAUGUUUACGGACAGUGCUCUAGAUAUGAAAACAGAUAGAACUGGUUUGUGGGACAAGGGUGGCUUGGUCAGGAGAGGGAAUAAGCCAAGUCCCUUUUCUUGGAAGGCUUUUACUAUGGCCCUGACAGUGACAUUGCCCUCACCAAGAUCCCUCUCCGAAGUGAUUGUCUUUCUUUACCUUGUGUCUUCUCUUGUAAAAAUGAAACUCAAAAACAAACGUGUCAAAUUAAAAAAGAAAAAACCGAAAAAGCUAACAUGAAUUGUGUGAAAUUGCAUAAUGCUGUAAUGCUAACCUACAAUAUGUAAUGCUAUCUUGUAUGUUGAAUUUGUUAAUGCACCACACAGUGCAAAAUAAAGACUGAUUCACAUUACAUAGG